ACCUGGCAACGCCUUUGCGCCCACUUCUCGCGGCACACACGCCUGCAGCUCGGCGUUCGUCUCUCUGCGCACCUCUGCUGCACUCCGCCCAGCAUGCCGCACAUCGCAAACGACGUCUUCCACACGCGCCUCGCCACGCUCUUCGCCGAGGCGACCGAGGCGCACUCGGUGUACCUCACCACCAAGCGUCUCACGCGCGGUGACGAGGCCAUGAGUGCCACGCCGGUGACGGGCGGCGCACAGCAUGCCCUGCUCUUUCGCGCCAGCGAUGGACGCGAGGGCGCCAAGCGCAGCCAGUUCAGCACCGUGGUCCAGCCGUCUGCUCUGCCCGCGUUCCAGACGGCGCUCGACACGGUGCUGCGCACGUCGCUCGCGGCAUCGCUGCGCAAGCGCGACAAGGCAAAGGAGCGCCGUGUCGACAAGGCGCGCAAGGAGAGCGCCAAGCGCAUCGAGGAGCAGGGCGGCAAGAUCCGUCUGGCGGACCAUGGCAGCAAGCGCGGCGCUGGCCACAAGAAGCGCCAGCAGGCAGCGGCACGAGCGAAGCGGGUGCGCGCCGAGCGCGCAAGGACGUUCGCCGCGGCCAAGGACGAGGCAAGCGGGAGCGGCGCGCCGGCCGCGGCGUCAUGA